UGUGGAAUCACAGUCAAGCAAUGAAGACUGAAGUAUUCGUUCUAAUCGUCUUCCUUGGCGCUGUAUCUGCUGCGGAUGAGCAGAAAGCUGAGAAAGAACUAGGUGACUCACAGAUCCUUUUUAUGUUGGAGGAUAAUAACAAGACCCUGGAGAACUUGGACAAGAAGGCCCAUGGCAUCAGCAACACCCAGAAGGGCAUUGAGAGCAAGUUGAAGUCGAUUGGGCAGGAGUUGGCAGUAAUUGGACAUGUCGAGGAUGGACUCAAGAAACUGGAGACUCUAACGGCGAAUAAUCUUAAGACUACAACCGAUGGCAUUAUGAAUCUGACGAGCACCAUGUAUUCCGCCGGAAACCGAACAGACCGUGCCAUCAAUGGUCUGGUCAGAAGCCAGCAAGAGAUCAAGCUGGUGUUAAUCCAAGUGGAUGCAAAUCAAAGCAAAUAUGAACGUGAUCUCAACGAGGUGGCCAAGUCAGUGCAUAAUCAUAUUGCGGGUCUGGAUACUCUGCUCAAGCAGUCGGUGCUUAAGGAGCUGGUAACACUGGGCCAGACGGCCAAGAAAUUGGAAAGCUCCCAGAAGCACAUCGAGAGAAAGAUUGGCUAUUUGGAUGAGUUAGCAGCGUUGGGCGGCAUUACAGCCAACAAAGUACAGCUUUUGGAGCAGGGAUUGCGAUCCCUCAAUAUCUCACAGCAGCUUCAACUUUCGGCCAUUGGCGAGACUGUGCAUCAGGUGGGCUCCACCACCUGGCAGAUUGACAAUAAGUUGGGUGUGCUGCUGAGCACACAGAAGAACAUUGAACGUGCGCUCGAGGAAUGCAAGAAAUGUCGGCGACAUCAUUACGGCAAGGAUCACUACGAUGAGCCAAAGCAGCCGCAAGAGCACUAUGCUGAUCCUAGCUACGAUUACGGCCACAAGGAUACUCCAAAAUCAUCGUUGAGGUCGGAUUAUGGCAGCUAUUCCAAUGCCGAGGAAACAUCCUCUGACUACCAGCUCUGGUACGGCAAGGAUUAAUAGUAGUUAGCUACUCAUUUAAAAAUUUAUUAUUUAUAUUAUUAAACUAAUUCCCUUUUAUUGCUAUUAACAACAGUUGCAUUUUGCUUUGAACUAAUAAAUACUCUUUUGUGUUGAGCCUCAUGU